GAGUGAGUCUGUCCAGCUGUUUGCGUGUCUGCCUGUUUUUGUGAGCCAACGUGUGUUAGUGAGAGCUUUAAAGGAUACUGACAGUUAAAGAGACACAGGACGCAGACAAAGUCUUUUUAAAGGGGCCAGAUUUAAUGCCAAUAUGUGGCCACAGGAUUACUAUGAUUCUGAGACUUUGCUGACACUAUGGAUACCAUGGAGACAGAGCUGUAUGUUCCACCAGAUUCGCCAAGAGCCUCCAUGCCAGAUGAGUUGUGUCAUCCUUAUUCCAACUUCUCCAACUGGAAGUUUAAGCUCUUUCGAGUCCGUUCUUUGGAGAAGGCCCCUCUGCCUAAUGAACCUCCUCUGGAGAAGGAGGCUGAGCUAAAGGUUAGUGAACAGGCGGAUGGCCUGACUGUUCCUAGCAGCAUUAUGAAGCUCUGUCUUGGGGGCAAAAAUAAGGAGAAUGUGGAGGGUGCUGGCAGACAAGUGGAUCUCAAGCUUCAGGAGAUUGACACGCAUAUGGAUCAUCUCAGGGCCUUAUGCCGCUUAUGUGGCAUACUUCUGAGAAAAUCUAAAGGCCCAGAGCAUGAAGUCCAGGGAGACCUGGAUGAUCACAAUAAAUAUGCUUUGCGGAGGAUGGGUUGCAAAGCUUCCAAAUGGCCUGAUGUCAUUCUAAAGGUAUUUAAGGUAGAUGUAAGUGGAGACAUGGAAUCUAUCCACCCGCCAAUGUUCUGCCAUCGUUGCUGGAAUGUAGCUAUGAGAGGAGGGGGAAUAUGCAGCUUCUCCAGGAUCAGGGUCCCUAUAUGGAAGCCCCACAACUCACAGUGCCCUCACUGCUACCCCAAGAGGCACAUACUUCAGCGAAGAGGAAGGAAGAAGAAACCACUACAGAGCAUUCCCAAAAGAACAAAGAAAGAUACCUCUACAGGGGGCAAUAGAGUGUGGAGGCAGACCACAGACAACCCACCAUCAAUGUGCUUGAGAGCAUGGGUAAAGCCAGCUGCUCAGAGGAGCCUUUGGGUAAAGAAUAUAACUCACUGCCAGAAAGACCACCUAACGUCCAACUUACUUCCAGGUGAAUUCCCAAAAGACUUUGUGAAUGCUCUUGUGUGCCAAGUGUGUGAUCACCUCUUGUCUGACCCGGUCCAGUCCCCAUGUCAGCACCUCUUCUGCCGCACCUGCAUCCAAAAGUACAGUCACAUCUUAGGUCCCCAGUGUCCAGCCUGUGGCCUCCAAUUUAAACCAUGUGACCUAAAUAGUCCUGCUGAAGCUUUUCUGUCUAUUCUCCACUCUCUUCCUCUGCUCUGCCCAAGAGAAGGUUGUGGCGAGUUGGUCAGAUUAGACUCCUUUGCAGACCACUGUUUAAGUCACUGUUUUGAGAAAGAUGGCAGGAAGGAAGAGAAUAUUCCUGAGCAGAACAUGGAUGGCUACUUACCUGUCAACAAAGGUGGUCGUCCUCGCCAGCACCUGCUCUCACUCACACGAAGGGCGCAGAAGCACAGGCUGAGAGAGCUGAAGAAUCAGGUGAAGAUGUUUGCUGAUAAGGAGGAGGGUGGAGAUGUGAAGUCUGUGUGUUUGACACUGUUCCUGCUGGCACUGAGGGCAGGAAAUGAACACAAACAGGCUGAUGAGCUGGAAGCCAUGAUGCAAGGCAGGGGUCUUGGCUUGCACCCAGCUGUGUGUUUGGCAAUACGAGUCAAUACCUUUCUCAGCUGUAGUCAGUACCACAAGAUGUACCGCACUGUCAAAGCUACUAGUGGACGGCAGAUCUUCCAGCCUUUGCAUGCUCUCCGUAAUGCUGAAAAGGAGCUUCUUCCUGGCUUUCAUCAAUUUGAGUGGCAACCAGCUCUGAAAAACGUUUCCAACUCUUGUAAUAUUGGGAUCAUUGAUGGGCUUUCUGGAUGGACUGCCUCUGUAGAGGAUGUUCCCGCAGACACAAUUUCUAGAAGAUUCCGCUAUGAUGUCGCAUUAGUAUCAGCUUUAAAAGACUUAGAAGAAGACAUUAUGGAGGGACUUAGAGAAAGAGGAUUGGAUGACAGCACCUGCACCUCAGGUUUUACUGUAGUGAUUAAGGAGUCAUGUGAUGGCAUGGGAGAUGUCAGUGAGAAGCAUGGAGGAGGGCCAGCAAUCCCAGAAAAGGCAGUGAGAUUUUCUAUUACAGUGAUGUCUAUCACUAUUCAACCGGAAGGUGAAGAAGAAGCAGUCACUAUUUUCCAGGAGCAAAAGCCUAACUCAGAGCUUUCCUGCAGACCGCUGUGCCUCAUGUUUGUGGAUGAAUCUGAUCAUGAGAUGCUGACAGCCAUCUUGGGUCCUGUGGUGGCAGAGCGUAAAGCUAUGAAGGAGAGUCGCCUCAUUCUCACUGUAGGUGGGCUCCAACGUUCCUUCCGCUUUUAUUUUAGGAGCACAGGCUAUGAUGAAAAGAUGGUAAGAGAAAUGGAGGGUUUGGAGGCUUCGGGCUCGACUUACAUCUGCACCCUGUGUGACUCCACACGAGCUGAAGCCUCUCAGAACAUGGUGCUUCACUCCAUCACUAGAAGCCAUGAUGAAAACCUUGAACGUUAUGAGAUAUGGAGAACUAAUCCUUUUUCUGAGUCUGCAGAGGAGCUGCGGGAUCGAGUAAAAGGGGUCUCAGCCAAACCUUUCAUUGAAACACAACCCACGUUAGAUGCCUUGCACUGUGACAUAGGUAAUGCCACAGAAUUCUACAAGAUUUUCCAGGAUGAGAUUGCUGAAGUGUACUUAAAAAACAACCCAUCUCGAGAAGAGCGGCGACGCUGGAGAUCGGCCCUUGACAAGCAGCUGAGGAAGAAACUGAAGUUGAAACCAGUGAUGAGAAUGAAUGGGAACUAUGCCCGGCGACUUAUGACCCGUGAAUCUGUGGAAGUGGUGUGUGAGUUGGUUCCUUCAGAAGAGCGCCGUGAGGCGCUGAAAGAACUAAUGGAGCUAUACCUCCAGAUGAAACCUGUUUGGCGUUCUACUUGUCCAGCUAGAGAUUGUCCCGAUCAGCUUUGCCGCUACAGCUUCAACUCCCAACGUUUUGCAGAGCUCCUUUCCACAACAUUUAAAUAUCGCUAUGAUGGCAAAAUUACUAACUACCUCCAUAAGACUCUAGCCCAUGUACCUGAAAUUGUUGAGAGAGAUGGCUCAAUUGGUGCAUGGGCCAGCGAAGGGAAUGAAUCAGGGAACAAACUUUUCAGACGCUUCCGUAAAAUGAAUGCCAGGCAAUCCAAGUCAUUUGAGUUAGAAGACAUAUUAAAACACCACUGGUUGUACACUUCGAAGUAUCUGCAGAAGUUCAUGGAGGCUCACAAGAACUCAGUAAAAGCACUGCAAGCCACCAUAAACCCAGAGGAAUGCCCAGAUGACACUGAUUUAUCUCUUGACAUAACAGACUUUUAAAAAUGGUUUAAAUUGAGUAAAUUUACUUGAAUAUACUUGGACAUUUGUUUGAAAUAACUUUUUUUUAGCAUGCUAAAUUAGUUUAUGGUUAACCAUUUUUAUAUUUUUGAUAUCUGUCUGCAACUUUAACUUUAUGACAGAUGAAAUUGCGAGGGAAUGGCUAUACGAUUUUCUCUUAGGCUUUUUCUCCUUUUUGCCUGCUGGUGAAAUAUGGGAGAGUUUAUUGUAGGUUUAAUUGAUAACAGAGUGGAGUUAGCAUGUUAGCCAGCUUAGCUACAUAACAAACCGACAAGAAAGCCUCCUGUUUUUGUUGGAGUAAAUACAGUCUACCGGCGACGCUAGUCUAACUAGACUUUUGUCUAACUUUAAUAGGAUUUAUAAAAUAUAUAUUAUCCAAAUAGUUCGAGAAAUGUGUCUAAAUGUAAGCUAUUGGUCACAUUUCCUACAAACGUCCAAUAAUACAUUUGAAUCUAUGCGCUGAGGCUGGAAUUUACUACAGGUCAUGUGUUCCUACCUCUGACUGUAAUCCUCAAGAUCUUUGGGAGAAAGAAAUGAGACAAAUGGAAAUGAAAUCUCCACAAUAUGCCUGUAGCAGUAGUUCGUAAAGUAUGCAGUGUAU